UUGAAAUAUUAAGAGCGAUGUAUAAGGUUUUCUUAAAUAUUCAUCGAUAUUAAUCCGCAGCGUCAAAAUGGCGGACAAAAUCCUGUCAGGAUCUGCAUGCCAAACGACACAUUAAUUUUCUAGAAAUUAUCUACGUAUCUGUUAGUUUCAUAGCAACCUUAAAUUUACAUAAUGGCAUCUGGUGGACGAAAAAAUCCCAAAACAUCUUCCUCUGAGCCUCGGCAAAAGAGCACUUGGACGAGGACAACAAGCAUGUCGGACAAGGAUGAUAAUGUCAGCUUGAACAGUUUCGCGAAUGACCUGAGGCCAAAUAACUGGGAUUUCUCUGACUGGCAGCCUUCUGGAGCCAAAGACCAGACCAAGCGGCGCAAAAAAGGCAACCCAGAAUGGGAGAGAGAGCAGUCGCUCAGUAUGGAGUCACCACCCCCUCCCGAACGGCAACAUGGCACUCCUAGGACUUUCCCUCGCACCAAAAUUACUCCCACUACCCCCACCUCACAAAGAAUAGCUUUAGAAAAUCUUAAGCAGCAAAUGACUUUCAGUGACCAAGAAGAUGGAGCCAGUAACGAUGGUGAACAGGAGAGGAACAAUGACCGCAACCUGCUAAGAAGACGAGAGAACGUUGCCAGUAACAACCGUGGUCAGGACCGUCUAGAGCCACCACGCUCACGUCCUGUCCCAAACCAGCGUGAAGACCGCAGCAACAGAAACAACAACAAGCAGAAUCAGGGCAAUGAAGCAAGGUCAGCACCACCAUCAGCAGCGGCUGCAGGAGCUUCUGCUAUUCAGUCCAAAAAGCCUGACAGUAGCCAGAUUGUAGGAAGGCUGAUGCAGAUUAGAGAGUACAUAAAACAAACUAAUGCCAUGAUGGAGUCUUUGAAAAAAUCAGGAGAUCCGGAUGACAGAAAGCGAAGCUGUGACUUGUCACAGUCCAUUUCAUUUUUGAAGGAGUUUGAGUCUGAAUGUUUACAGUCUCUGUGGGUCAUGUGGCCGGGUUACAGAGAUGAAAUGAAUAGGUUGCAAAAACUUAGAGACCACUUGAAAGAACAGGAGAGUGGGUACACUGGUCUUCUACAAGCUAUCUUGUCAGUGAAAGAUGAGCCUGAUGUGAAUGAUGCCAGUAGAGAGUUUACCCCCAACCCAGACAUGGAUGACACUACCUCAGUGGACCUGGAUGUACAGUCAGAAAUCUCGGAUAGGGAGGAGAGAUCGGUAAGUGCCUCCUCUAGACCACGCAUCGAGGACAAACUGGGCAUCGCAACAGAUAAUGAUGAAGAGGAGGAGGAGGUGGAGGAGGAAAUAGUGGAGAAUGGGGCUCCAUCUGAGUCCUCCAAUGACUCAAGUACCAUGGAUGACACUGUCAUUGCCAAUAGGGAACUUAUCAACCAGGCUAUGGGCUAUACUUUAGGGGAUGAAGAGUAUGGUGCCUUUGAUGGUCAGACUUCAGAGCAAGUGGAGACGUUACUUGCACUCAGGCAGCAACAGGACCUGCUGCAGAAACUGGUAGAACAGCAAGAACAGAUGCGAGCUUUGAGAAACCGUCAGGCAGCGUUGCUAGCUCUGCAACAGGACGCCGAGGCCAAGCUGGCCACUACCAGACAGAAGAGCAACGAAGCUCGUGCAAUCUCCAUAGCCCUGGAUGACCAGGCUGGGAGCAUGGCAGGCCAUGUGGAUGCCCUGUCCCUGGGGGAGAGUAACGCUGGGCGACCCACAGACCCGGAUCUCAUGGACAUACGACAGCAGCUACAGUACCUCAGAAAUGAGCUUAGCACACAGGAUGCAAACCUAAAACAAGUGCAGUCCCAGAAUGCACCCCUAGAGAGAAAUGCCAAGCAAAACCAGGCCAGCAAGCAGCAAGAAACCAAAGCCAAGAAGAACGCACCCCCACCUAGACCGCCGUCCCCUAAACUGAGAGACAGACCCUCCAGGUCAAGCCAAGGUGCUGCUGGUGGGGCAGUAGCAGUCCCAGACCGGUCGAUACCGCCUGAGCAGCUGACCAGGGAGCAGCUGGAGGCCCGUCUGCAGGACCUGCUGAGCAAGAAGAACAGACUGGAUCAGAUGCUUCAGGAUGAGUUCACAGUUCCGUUGAUGCCGACCCGGUCAGAGGACAUGAGUCGUGAGCAGCUGGCCAACAAGCUGCAGGAGCUGCAGAACAAGAAACGACGCAUGGAUGAUAUGCUUAAGGAGCUACAGACACUGAGGGCGAACCCCGCCUUCACACUCAAUAAUGCUGUAAGAGGAGUGGGUGGUGCAGCAGCCCAAGCCGUGGCCCCUCAGCCGCAGGCCAGAGACCCUGUAGCAGAGUCUGGGGAGGGGACACAGGAGCUCACUAAUGGAGUCUUGGGUGUUUUGGAUGCCAGACAAAAACUGCAGAAGCUAAAUGAAGUGAAGAGCCGUCUGAGCCAGCUGAAGUCCCUGGUGCACUACUACCAGGACACCGGCCCUGGCGCCCUUCAGAUGGAGGGAGAGGACCAGUCCUCUCUGCCUGCAUACAGCGACUAUGGGGGUGAGCCGGAGGUCACCAGGGACAGAGACGCCGUGCCAGUACAAGAGAGCAGUAAGAAGCAGCCAGGUGUGAACAUCCCAGUGCGUAACAUCGCAGACUCAGACGAGAACAACGACUCGGCCUCCCAGUCGGAGAGCGAGUCUGAGUCCCAGAUGUCCAGCCUGGGACCUUGGGGAGAUGAUCCUGAGAUACAGGAGAAAGUCAGGAAGCUGAAGGCUGCCAAGGAGAAGUUGAAGCACCUUCAGAGCCUGGUAGCGAUAGUUCAGGACAGCCCAGGCAUGGCUGAGGGGCUCCCAGAGGAACUGGCAGAGUUGGCGGCCAGUAUGGAGGAGGCGGACACGCAGACUGAGGACAGGAAUAACGCCUCAACAAGCGAGGGAGAGAUACCAGCUGCAGAGCAACAGAGGCAAAGGGAUGAAUAUUACCAGCGAAAGAUGGAAGAACAGAUGAAGGAACUGGAGGACCUGAAGACAGAGAAGACGAGACUGCUCACCAUACAGUCACAACUGCAGUCACUGCAUGAUAGGUUCUCACAGCAGGCUGAAGAGGAGGGUGAGAAGCAAGGCUCCGAAUCUGGUGAUGAAGUUAGGGCCAAGUCCCAGACCAGCGAGCAGUCCACAGGUCAGCAGCCCCUCACGUCAGGCCCCACCAGCCAGCAUAACUCGGGCGGACCCAGUGUCACAUUUUCCUCCAACGAGGAGGUGUAUUACAAGAUGCGAAAUCAGCGAAUGUUGCGUGAGGAGCUGCGAGAGAAGAAGAAACAGCUCGAGUCCAUCAUGAAGAAGGACCGCAACAAGAAGCAGUAUUAUAAGAACCAGGACAACCAGAGUGACACUGUCUCCUACAGCACAGAACUGUUUGGUGCCAGUGUUGACCAGACCAUGGCUACAUGGGGUGGCUCUACAGUGGACAACAUGGAGAGCAUCACAGAGGAUGGGGCAGUCCAGGAUAAUGAUGAGGAUGAGGACGAAGAUGAUGCUUACCCAGUUGAUGGCAUUCUGCAAGUAGAGGAGGAGGAAGAGCAGAACCAGUCAGACAAUGAAACCUACACAAUAGAUGACGACGUCAGAGAGAGGAGGAAAGCCAGGUCUAUGGCCAAGGGAGACAACCCGGAUGAUUCACCAAAAAAGGGAGCUAAGCGCAGUUUCCCUCGGUCAGGACGACAGACACAAGGCGGCACUGGGCCAAAAGAGGCUUGGACAAAGCCCACUGACUUUAAUAAGUGGUCAAGGAAUGGGAGGAAAUCUAGGCAAGAGAACUACCGAUCAGCAGAGGACAUUGUACAGGAUAGUGAAGAGAAUCCCAAGACCAAGUCUGCCAUUGAGGACCUACAGAGGAAACUAGAGGAGACCUCCAAGCUGUGUCAGAGUCUCCUAGCCGAGCAGCAGGGCACAGGGCAGCUUGCCAGGCAGCAGGCUGCAGGUUUUGGCAGUCAUGGCCAGAUGUUGGACCUUCAGCAGCAACUGCAGCAGCAGCAGCUGAUGAUGAGCCUCAACCAGUGCUAUCAGCAGAUCUCCAUGCAGCAGCUUGAGAUGCAGAAUAUGCAGCGCCAGAUACAGGCCCUGUUGUACCAACAAGCUGACACCUCGGACAGCCAUGAGGGAGUUUUCUCCAGCAAUGUGAGGGCUCGCUCUCUCAGCUCCCUGUACAGCCCCAUGCUGCCCCGCCAGUCUCCCAACAUCCUGCUGCCCCUUGACCCCUUCCAGGCUAAUCCUUCAUUCAUGGGAAUGUCCUCACCUUUUGGUAGUCGUCUACUGCGGAGAGCUGGGGAUACUGAACAGCGUGCAGAGGCCAGUGAAGGUGUGGACAAGCAGACUCGCACUUCCAGAUCCUCCAGGACGGACUCCUACUCACAGAAAACCAAGAGGAAGUCACAGUCUCAGAGCCCUGUGCAGCCUGUACAAAUACAGACUCGAAGCAGGGGCUCUAUGACAGAGCUGUAUGCAGAACAGGUGGAAGAGGAAGAGGAGGAAACAGCUAACCGGUUCUCACCAGACAGACAGAAGUUUGAAGACUACUUGGCACAGAAAAAGAGAGAGUUUUUGGAGAGAAAUAAACUACAAGAUCGAUCACAAAAGCAGACACCGGACAAAGGUCAGCGGGGUUCAAGGUCAGAGGAUGAGUAUCGUCCAGGUCUGAGUGCUGGUAUCAGCGGUGCAGGAUAUGUGGAGGAUGACCGCAGUGUGGUCAGCAGUGUCCGGUCAAGUCAGGCCGCUGCCCUACAAGCUGGACAGGCACAGGCCAGAGUGGCCGAGGCAGCCAGGGACUCUGAUGACCAGGAAGACAUGACGUUAUUUGAGACCCUACGAGAGACGAUAUACUCAGAAGUAGCCACGCUGAUAUCACAGAAUGAGAACCGGCCCCACUACCUGAUAGAGCUGUUCAGGGAGCUACAGCUUCUCACCACAGACUAUCUCAGACAGAGGGUUCUCUAUGACAUCAAGGACGUCGUGUCCAAAUACCUCGUGGAGGACACGGCUGUAUCUGCUCCGCCACCCCGUUGGAUGAACACAGCUGAAGCCCAGAACUUCAUUACCUCUGAGUUGACCCCAAGUGAAAGCAUUGUGACCUCAGAUGAUGAGGAGGUCAAGUACCUCUUACAGAUGAAACUGAAGCAAAAAGUCGCCGCAAACCUCGUUGCCAAGGAGCGGGAAAGAGAAAAAUCGGGUCAAACUCAGGGUAAAGGUCAGAGCCGGGGUCAGCUCCUGAGAAGUGGGUCAAUGAAGAAUGAUCAGUUUGAUUAUCAGGAGCCUGCUGAUGAAGACAGCUCAGUGUCGACCCCCUCCAACUCCUACUGGGACUCGCCGUUCAACCAGGACAGUCUUGGGGAGACAGUGGUCCACUUAGAUAAGACUCUCAAGAAAAUGCGUGAAUACGAGGAGGGUCUGGCGGCCAUGAACACAAAGGCAAAGUCUCAGACAAGAGAGAGGUCAGAGCAGGAGAAAUCCGACGUGGCAGAGGCUGCAGCCAAACGUGGGGAUACAGAGAGGGGAGAGGUCAGCAGCUCUGCCAUGGAUCAGGGGGAUGAGAGCUCUGUCAAUUCUGAUGCAGUACCGUACCCAAGGAUUGACACCCAGCAGCUGGACCAGCAGAUCAAGUCCAUCAUGACGGAGGUGAUACCAGUGAUCAAGGAACACAUGGACAACAUGUGCUCACCCCAGCUGCUGGCCUACGUCAAGCGUCUCGUGCUCUCACUCACACGCCAGUAUGACAGCGGCCAGGAGUUUGCACGCUUCUUCCACAGGCAGCUCGGUUCCAUUCUGCAGGAUACACUGGCCAAAUAUGAGGGCAGAAAGAUGCGUGAGUGUGGAGAAGACCUGCUUGUGGACAUGUCAGAGGUUCUAUUUAAUGAGCUGGCAUUCUUCAGGCUAAUGCAAGACCUGGAUAAUCCUCUCAUCAAGGAGAAAAUGAAGAAUGCAGAAGCUAUGAAUUCUGAGGAUGAUGUAGAGGAGAACGAAGAAGGGGACAAGAAUGCUUCUGACAAUGAGUCUGAUACCACGGAAAGCUCCACAGCCAACGCCAGUGACAACGAGGAUGACGUUAGGCCAACACAGACUGAAGAGGAGGAACUGGGCAAGUCACGUGAUGACGACUUGGCCAAUGAAGUUGACAUGUAUGAUGACAAAGAUGAUGAUGACUCUCCUAACAAGGGUGUGCAGAUAGAACUUGCACCUAGUGAAACCAAGCCAUACUCCAGGAUUGGCAGCGAUGAAGAUGAUGAGAGUGUAGAUGAGGACGAGUCCCAGAGCAAUGAGGAUCCCAGCGAGACCGCAGUCUCUAUCAAUGCACGCUCUGAAUACAACAUGCACGCCCGCGCAGGCUGCUGGAGAGACGGGGAGGACCAGGGUGGAGACAGUGGGUCAGACAUGGGCUCCAACCCUGCCAGGGAGUUUCGGUCUCUCCCCUCCGUGGGUCAGGCGGUGUCAGCGUCCCCAGAGCAGGAUGCCGACCAGGGGGCAGAGGGAAGGAAGGCUGAGCUUGUGGAGUCACUGGAGCACAUGAAUGGGGAUAUUUUGAAUGGUGAUAUGGAGAUUAUUACCAUGGAUGAUCUACCGCCGUCAAUGCUAGUGAUGUCUUCAGCUGAAUUACAAAACAAGAUGGCUAACGAGCAGGAGGGCAACACUGGGGCGGCCGCACUUCUAGGUAUGAUGGAGGGCAUGCAAGAGUUGGCUGGGGACCCUCUGUUCCUUAAGGAACCAGAUGACGGCAGUGGCUAAUCCUGAUCAACUGAAUACUGUCGAUCUACAUCGCAUACAUGUAGAAAUGUGCACUGGAAAAUUGGGAACUGAGGAAUAAACUACAUGUAUAUGUGUAUGUGAUGACGUUGGUGGCAUCAUGCUAUUUCUACUUUUGUUAAUGUUCCUGAAACAUGUUAUGGAAUCUCAUGCACAUUUGUUCUGAAUCUGUGUAAAUGUUAUGAGUACAAACCUUGAGACGUAUUUGAAAAUCCACAAUCUUCAAAACUGAUGACUUAAAUUAUUGUAAGGUAAAUCAAAAGAACAUGGAUGUCUUUUGAGAUGUGGCUGGUAGGGAAGAGUGAACCUUGCUGACAUGGCGGAUAUUGUUGCAAACAAUGUGUCUUCAGUGUAUAAACUUUAUGAAUUGUUGUAUUGAAUCUUUGAAUUGUUGUAUCUGUUACACCUGUCUCUUACUAACUUCUUAGUUAUAAUGAAGUAUUUUGUUACCAAUAUAAUUAAAAAUAUUUAUGUUGUAAUUAGUAGCAUGUGUUAGUGUGGGUGUGUUUUGUGUACAUUCCAUUCUAAGAAAAUGUAGAAUUUCAUGUAGUUUUGCUGUGAUUGUUUUGAGUUGUGUUAACAUUUGUGCCAUUAUCUAAAUAUUGACAAUAGGACCGUCGCUGUAAUCAAUUAAUUAGUGCUGUUGGUUAUAUUUUUUAUGAUACAUUGAAUUGCAUAGUGUCUACACACACAUAACUGUUACUUUAAUUUGUACACAUACCUUUGUUUGACAGAUGAAAUAUUCAGACCAAAAUCUACCUUCAUACACUUUCUGCACAUAUGUUUAAGCUCUAUGCAAUGGGUAUUUACUUUUAUAAUUUAAGAAUACUUAUUACAUGUAUUGUGUACCAUAUUAUUUGUUGUGCAUGUGGUUAAUUUAAUUCAAAUCACGUACAUGAUUUAAUUUUUUAAAUAUUAAUUAUUGUCAUUGGUUCAUAAGCAUUUGUUGUCUUUGACUUAGCAGCUGUAUAAGUUGUAUACAUGUUAAUGAGUGAGAUGCAAAGAUUGUGUAAAUCAAAAAUGCACAUAAACUAGACACGUCUCAUUGGUACUGUAUGUGUUUGUUUAUAUGUUUACAAAAAAAUAGUUAAGGAAUUGUGUUCAUGUUUUAUGUUGAUCAAAUGACAAUUUUUCUUGUUCGGGUUUUCUGUAGUUUUUUUUAUACAUGAUCAAAUUAACUCCUUAAUUUAAUUUAUUCAGAUGUUUAAGAUCUUGACGUUACCUUUUUUUUAACACUUUGCCAUUCCUUUUUUUGUGGAAGAAUGCAUUUAUGACAUUGCUAUUUACAGUAUUCUUAAUAGUAACUUAUUAACCUUCAUGUGCUAAAUCAAUUUUAAUCCUGCAGCUUUUGCUUACAGUUUUGUUUUGUGUUUGUCUGUGAUCAGCAAUUCGUCCAAGUAGUUAAUGACUUAUUGGAAUUCCAAUUGUGAGUCUUUACAAGAAUACAAGAGUGAUUAGCUAUGUUAGUUUUUGUUAGGUAGUGUAGUUUUUUUACCAUAACAGAAGUAGACCUUAAUUGUGUCUUGUGAUAACUCGAUAUAACAACUAAGUUUGAAAUUAUUUGUAAAACGCAUUUUUUUUUAUCAUCCUACUUACAUGGCUUGCUGUAAACUGGUUUUGGAAUUUAAUGUAAGUUAUUUUGUAGCUUGCCAAUAUAGACCUUAUGUAAUCAUCAUAAUGAUUCUAGUAUAUAAGUCGUGUUCUGAGAAAACUGGGCGUAAUGCAUGUGCGUAAAGUGUUGUCCCAGAUUAGCCUGUGCAGUCUGCACAGGCUAAUCAGGGACGACACUUUCCGCCUAAAUUUGAAUUUUGCUAAGAAGAGCCUUCAUUUAAACGAAAAAUGUCAUUAAAGCGGAAAAAGUCGUCCCUGAUUAGCCUGUGCGGACUGCACAGGCUAAUCUGGGACGACACUUUAAGCACAUGCAUUAUGCCCAGUUUUCUCAGAACACGACUCAUUUAUUCAUGCAUAAAGGUCAAGGUCAGGUUAAAGUGGAUAGCUAUAUAUAACCAUUUUAUUUAAGUGAUCAAAUCUUGUGUGGAGUGUUCUCAUGUUUUAUCAUAGUUUCGUUGUUAAUUUUUCAGCAUCACUGUUGUAAAGGAUUAUUCAAUAAAGUUAUCACACUUU